AUGCCAGAUGAACUGCCGCAUCAAGUUAGUUGGCGUAACAGUAGCACUACCGACAGUCAAUCGAAUCUUAUGGUCGGUUUUUAUGAAACACUCAAGAAAGAACCUGGAGAUUUCGUUGAUAGUUGGACUAACCUAGAAGACUGUAGACUCCUGGAUCACGUUUCUCGCCGUGGUGAGAACCGCUGGAGUCUCAUAGGAAGAAGACUUGGGAAAUCGGCUUUACAGUGUUCAGAGAGAUACUUGAAGCAUUUACGUCCUCAAAUAUUGGGAUCUAGUAAAACCUACACAACUUUAUUACAACGUAGCGUUUCUCCACAAAGUGUUCUCAGUUUAGAACAGAAUUCAAAGUGGACAAAAGGAGAGGAUUCCACUUUAGUGCAAUCAUGUAUAACUCAUGGAUCCAACUGGGAGCUGAUAGCUAAUCGUCUAACAACUAAUAGUAGUUUGCGCAAGAAACGAACUGCUCUAGAUGUAAGACAAAGACAUGAAAAAGUUGUUCCACACCACUGGCCAACUUACAAUAAAGAAAACUGUCCACUAUCUAGUCUACGUUUUCGUAAUUCUCUACUGUCUUGGUCAAAUACUUCUAGGAAUAGUCUUGUAAACUCUGGUGACCAACCAUUGAAUAAGACUUCCCGACCUACUUAUGUGAUCCCACUGUCUUCCUUAAAGUCAAAUUCAGAUUUGACAUUAAACAGAAAUUGGAAAAUCCGAUUAACACAAUCUCAUGAUUCAGGGUUCAGCGAAUCUGGUUUGUCGAAUAAUUCACAAUCAGGAAGUAAUUCUUAUCAAUCUCUAAAGUAUUCUGUGGUGCCGACAACUUCCGUCAGCUCAAUCAAUCCUCUGUUGUCUACUUCCACUCCAGUGGAUUUAAUUAAAAAUGAACCAUCCAUUAGUCCAGAUAAACAUAAUUUCAGUCUAUCAUCAUUUAUGAAAUCAGAUUCACUGAGAAUACCUCAAUCUAAUACUGAUGAUCUCAUUUCUCCAUCACCUAGUAUUCAUGAUGAUAUUAAUGAAUGCUCAACCAGAUUAAUUUCUCCAUUGGAUACAAAUCAUCAAGCUUCCUCUUGCAAUGAAUUAUUAAAUGGUAUAAUGAUUGAUGAUAAUUCACAUUUUAUUAUACAAACACCUACAAAAGCAUUGAGUGAAGCUGAUCAACUCUCAUUUCAUUUAGCUAGUCCCCGGCUGACACCGGUUCGUUCACGACUUCCACAGUCGAAAUCUGAUGAUGAUGUGCCACCACGUCGACCCCCAUGCACCAGAUUGUUUGAUGACACUCCAAAAUGCUCUUCGUCUUCUGUCGCGUCAACAUCCACAUCAUCGUCGUUCAACGAGAAUAAUAAUCGGCCAAAAAGAAGUUUCACUAACUCCUCAACCCUGACAACAUAUAAUUCCUGUGAUGAAGCUAAAUCUAUAGCUAUUGUAACUGCCAAAGCAACUGCUUGGAAUCGUGCAUUGUUACGAUUUUCAUCCUCCUCAACAGUGACCACAUCUUUGUUAAACUCACAAAGGUCUAAUCUUUCCUAUCUCAAUAUGAACAAUACUAAUAACAGAAUAAAAAUUGAUGAAGCAUUCAGCUUUGAUUCACACAAUCUCCACACCUUUCCAAACAGUAAAGAUUCUAUGAUGGAAUACUACAAUAAUCUAUCAUCUUAUAAAUCCCGUCAUCAAGUUAAAAAUAGUAUCAAUUUGGAUCCACUGAAACCAUUACAAUUUUCCGCAAGAAAACAACCUCAUUUGUCACUUCGACGUGUUGUACAAGUUGGUAAUGAAUUGUAGGAUGAAAGAUAAAACCAAUGCCUUUUGGGAUUACAUAUCCAUCCAUCGGCGAAGUAGGAAAUGCAACUGUCAGUUAUUCCUGUGAAAUAAGGUGGUUACACAAUGCGAAAGAAAUAAUCUGUGUGUUCACUGUAUGUUGCUUUGAAAUAAAAUUUAUUUCAUCAUAUUCUUUAU